GGGUGGAGUCACCAGGGCACUUUCCGGCAGCUUCGGCCCUCCCUCCAGGUCUACUUAGGCUGCUGGCUGGCCACUCUGCCUGGGCUGUAGUGGGCUCUGCGCCUGGAGACAGAGGUUGGAAGAUCGCUCUGGGCACAGUUUGAGCCGUUUGUUUCAGACCUGUCUUCCCUGUGGGAUUCUAGCCACACUUGGUUCAAGAUUUUUAAAGAGAGCUUUGCUCUGUCAAUGCAUGUUCGUUCAGCCGGCUGCUUUAACCGGAAGAAGAUGCAGCAGCUCCUAGGCAUGGUGCCCUAUGUCAUCCUUGUAAUCCUGCUUUCUGGGGGACCCAUGGGGUCCGUCUCAGCUGUGGACCCCGAGGCAAAUAUGAAUGUGACUCAAAUCAUCACGUACUGGGGCUACCCAAGUGAGGAGCAUGUGGUCCAGACAGAGGACGGGUAUAUUCUGAGUCUUCACCGAAUCCCUCAUGGGCGGAGCAACCAUUCUGACAGAGGUCCCAGACCAGUUGUAUAUCUUCAGCAUGGCUUUCUGGCAGAUUCGAGUAACUGGGUCACGAACAUUGACAACAGCAGCCUAGGCUUCAUUCUGGCGGAUGCUGGCUUUGAUGUGUGGAUGGGGAACAGCAGGGGAAAUACCUGGUCUCGGAAACACAAGACUCUCUCAGUUUCUGAGGAUGAAUUCUGGGCCUUCAGUUUUGAUGAGAUGGCGAAAUAUGACCUACCUGCUUCAAUUAACUACAUUGUAAAUAAAACUGGUCAAGAACAAGUAUAUUAUCUGGGUCAUUCUCAAGGCACCACCGUAGGUUUUAUAGCCUUCUCGCAGAUGCCUGAGCUGGCAAAGAAGAUUAAAAUGUUUUUUGCCCUGGCUCCCGUGGUGUAUCUCAAUUUUGCCUUGAGCCCUCUGAUCAAGCUUGGACGGUUGCCAGACAUUCUUUUUGAGGACUUGUUUGGACAUAAACAGUUUCUUCCCCAGAGUGCAGUGCUGAAGUGGCUGAGCACUCACGUUUGCACCCACGUCGUCUUGAAGGAGCUUUGCACAAAUGUCUUCUUUCUUAUCUGUGGCUUCAAUGAGAAGAACUUGAAUGUGUCUAGAGUGGAUGUGUAUACAACACACAGUCCCGCGGGAACAUCUGUGCAAAACUUACUACACUGGGUCCAGCUUAUUAAACACCAUAAGUUUCAAGCUUUUGACUGGGGAAGCAGUGACAAGAAUUAUUUUCAUUACAACCAGAGUUACCCUCCAGUGUAUGACAUGAAGGACAUGACUGUACCCACUGCUUUGUGGAGCGGGGGCCAGGACUGGGUGGCAGACCCCAGUGACAUCAGUAUCUUACUGACUCAGCUCCCCAACUUGGUGUAUCACAAGCACAUUCCUGAGUGGGAACAUCUGGAUUUUAUUUGGGGUUUGGACGCUCCCUGGAGGAUGUAUAAUGAAAUAGUUAGUCUAUUGAGGAAAUACCAGUGAAAGCCAGACUUGAGAUAUGUACCCUUUACUAGGGCAAAAAGAUAUUUGCUUAAUUUCUGUAAAAUACUUGUGUUUUCCUUACCUCGCUAGAUCUUUUGCUUUUUUUAUAUGCAAGAAGAUGGUGUCUUUGAAGCUAUCCAAUGCUCUCUAGUCAGUAAGGAGCAUGCUAAUGAUGAUUAUCAGGCUGCUGUCGCCACCAGUGAUGCCUUCUUGAGUCUUUAAAGAGUAUGGGUGAUGUGUGGAAAUGGCAUUGUAAUCAUUUUGUUACUUUUUACAAUUGUUUUCCGUGGUUGUGUGCCACAUAGACGUGCGUAUGCGUGUGCUAUGCACUGGCCAGACCUGCCUUGUGUGGAGGCCACGGCUAGGGUCAGGAUGCCUUCCUCAAACACUCUUCAUCUUAUUUUUUGAGAGAGGGUCUCUCGCUGAAUCUGGAGCUUGCCGUUUUAGCUGGACUGACUGGCCAAGGAGCCUCCAGGAUCUGCCUGUCUACCUUCCCUCUUACCAGUGCUGGGCUUACAGGCACACGUUGUCCCAUGCAGCAUUUUUACAUUGGUUCUAGGGAUAUAAACUCAGGUUCUUGUGCUUUAGGAAUGAGCACUUUACCCACUGAGCCACCUCCCCAACCCCUCUGUACUAUAAAGGCUUCUCGAUUACCUUUCUAUCCCAGCCAACACAUGUGAGCACAUACAGGAGACUUCAAGCCAUCGUUGGUGAGCAAAAAUAAAUCUGUCUCUGAUUUGAAUUCAGUAUGAAAGUACCUUAUUCUGGGCUUGACGCGGCAGCGUGAACCUGCACCUGGGAGACUGUGACGGAAAGACUGCUGUGGAUUUAGGGCUUUUCUAGACAGUGAGACUUUAUCUCAAAAGACCAAAGACAAAUAAAACAAAUAAAACAAAGUGCUCAAGUCUCAUUUUCUUGCCUUAGAUGCUCCCCAGCCUAAUAUUCCGGUGUUCACCUGUCUAAACAACAUUUUUCAUGCUUUUUAUGAACUCUCUAGCCAAAUCCAGUGUUAUCCCAGCCUUUUUAGAACUAAAUUCUCUCUCUUCAGUUUUAUCAAACCUCAAUAACAAGCAUUUAGCAAAUAUUCAGAUUUUCCAGGCUAAGCCAAGGUGUGUGUGGGGGGAGUCAAGAAUCUUUGAAAGCAGAUUGCACUGAUUAAAAAACAAAUCUCUUGCAAAUACCUUGAAGACUGAUACACUUGGUAGACUCAGCUGUGUGUGUCCCUGUGUGGCAGGCCAUCAGGUCCCCUUUCUGUGAAGAAGCAUCCUGUGGAGGGACAAACCAUGAAUUAUCCGAUAGUGAGUGCUGCUGUCGUGAUGGCGUCUGCCUGAAGCCAAAGCUGGCUGCCUGUGACAAGGGGCCUGGUUCAUUUCCACACACAUGAAUUGGGUAUUGUCCGAUCAACAUUCAGCUCAGGAAUUCUAUUUUGAAAACCAGUGUUGUGUGCACUAUAUCGUGUGCAGGACGCCCAGGUUUGCCUGCUUUGCUUGCAUCGAUGUCUCUUAUCAGCUGAUAAGUUUUGUUAGUUGAUAACGAUUCUGACCUAGUUACCUUAGAUGCAGCAAUAUUACUCGAUUUUGACCCAUACAUGCAGGCAGCAUGAUACAACGUUGUAACAUUUUAAAGGAUCAUAUUUAAACUUUUCAAUAA